AAGAAACACGCCCAAACUCUCAACAUCAGUCGUCCGUCACAAGUCUGCUGCUACUGGUCGAUGUCUGUGAUGGUGGGCGAUCCUAUUGUAUUUGGAACUCAAAAGCUUGAACGCGCAUAUUCCAACAGCACAGUAUUUUUUCAAGGUCCCCUAAAACCAGAGAGAACAGGAGAGGACGUACUUGAAUGCAGAUCUAAAAUUUCCGCGGGACAGCUCUGAGAUUCACCAACAACAUUAAUAUCCCACUAAUCUAGCAGAUUUACACCUGUCUUGUUAUCGCCAAGACUAGUGUCAGUCUGGAACCAUCGGGAUGAUUGUUUAGAAUACUUUGAGAGCAUAUGAAAACAGCCGACCAGAACAUUUUCUAGACGACUAGCUCCGGGACAACUCUUCCGGCAGUGUGUGCUGGUGCUUGCGACGGAGAAGCACCUGCUUUAGCCUGCGGGAAGUUGAUUAUGUGGAGGCGCUUUCUGACAUCUACUGCAUCUUGUCAGUUUUUGUGCAUUUCGCUGCUGAGGAUAGCCGUGUCCCGAGGAGGAUGCCGAACAGGCUGAAGACGCAGUCCUGAAGAUUGAUGGAGGGCCAUGCUAUUCAAACAGCAGGCGUUGCUGAGACAGAAGCUCUUCUUGUUGGGCAGCCUUGCUAUCGGGAGUCUCCUCUAUCUAGUGGCCAGGGUUGGGAGCUUGGAUAGGCUGCAGCCUAUUUGCCCCAUAGAGAGCAGACUGGGCCCUCCUCACCUGCCGGAGCAGAUCCCUCUCCGGACCCUGCAGUAUAAGCGUGGUCUGCUCCAUGAGAUCCGCAAGGGCAAUGCCACCAAAGAGCAGAUCCGCAUGCACAACCUGGUGCAGCAACUGCCCCGGGCCAUCAUCAUCGGGGUGCGCAAGGGGGGCACUCGCGCCCUGCUGGAGAUGCUCAACCUGCACCCAGCUGUGGUCAAGGCCUCGCAGGAGAUCCACUUCUUUGACAACGAACAGAACUAUGCCCGGGGUAUCGACUGGUACCGGGAGAAGAUGCCCUUCUCCUUCCUACACCAGAUCACCAUUGAGAAGAGCCCCGCCUACUUCAUCACAGAGGAGGUCCCCGAACGCAUCUUCAAGAUGAACUCCUCCAUCAAGCUGUUGAUUAUUGUGCGUGAGCCCACCACCAGAGCUGUGUCCGACUACACACAGGUGCUGGAGGGCAAGGAGCGUAAGAAUAAGACCUACCACAAGUUUGAGAAGCUGGCCAUCGACGGCAACACGUGUGAUGUGAACACAAAGUAUAAGGCGGUACGGACCAGCAUUUACACCAAGCACUUGGAGCGCUGGCUGAAGUACUUCCCCGUGGAACAUUUUCACAUUGUGGACGGCGACCGUCUGAUCACAGACCCGCUGCCUGAGCUGCAGCUCGUCGAGCGCUUCCUCAACCUCCCCUCCAGGAUCAGCCGGUAUAACCUGUAUUUCAAUGCCACCAGGGGAUUCUACUGCCUGCGAUUUAACAAUGUCUUCAACAAGUGCCUGGCAGGCAGCAAGGGCCGCAUCCACCCUGAGGUGGACCCCUCAGUGGUGGCCAAACUGAGGAAGUUCUUCCACCCCUUCAAUCAGAAGUUUUAUCAGAUUACUGGGAGGACGUUCAACUGGCCCUGAGAAACUAAGGGAAGGUCUAGGCCUAGCCUAUAUGAACUUCUUAACUGAAGUUGUUCUGUUGGCAUUUUCAAGAUGUCAACCACAACAAUAUUAAAGGAUAUUAAAAGCACUUUGAUUGAAUUUAAUACGUAGAGGAGAGUGGGGUAAAUUGAGCCGAAGGGUUAGUUGAGCUACUCCUUGUUUCUAGGAAACCAUACACAAAAUGUACCAUGUGACCAAAUAUUAAGGAAGAGGUCGUCAUUUCAUGGAGUCUAUGAAAGAAAAAAACACAUGGAAAAAGUGGUAAGCAAGUUAGGGCAAAUGAAUGUAUUGUGUUAUAGGUUUCAUGCGGCUUGUAUCUAAACCAAGGUGGAUUGUUUUGUAUAUCAGUUGGGGUCUCUAUAAGCUACAAUAUGAGGUCCUAAACCUAGCAUGAAAGCGCAUCCUUGUACCUGUGUGGGCUAAUAUAGUAAAAAUGUUUGCCUUGGGGUAAGUUGAGCCAAUGGCCACCAUACCCCAUACAGAUUAUGAUUACAUUUAGUCAGUUUUAUGCAUAAUAUGCAUCGUAUUUUUGCAAUGUGUCAUUCAUAUGAACUCAAUAUACUGCAUUUGUAUUGUUAUAGAGCAGACCUAAUCAUUCCCUGUGUAUACAAUUGUAAAACAUCCAGGGAUCUAGCCCCCCUUUAGGUUCUUGAGAGAGCAGCGAAGGAAGUGAGAGAAGGGAAGAAGUCCAUUCCAGAAGCACCAAGGGAUUUACUGAAUGACACUGAAGAGGUACAUUGACAAAAAUGAAAACAAACAUGUACCUGUGUGAAAGAGAGGCUGCGACAGAGUAGCAGAGACACACAGGUCUUAUCUGAUGACAUGGAGUCUGAGCUUGCUAAGCAUAUCCAGAAUAUCGCGGACCAGCUUCAUGGGCUUAGUAGCCUCAAAUGCAGAGAACUUGCCUACGAAUUGGCACAUCGAAACAAUAUCACUGUCCCAGACAACUUGUCAAGAAAUGCAAGGGUAAGUCAUAUUUAACAGAUACAUCUAUAUCUGAAUAUAGGCAUACAUUUAAAAUUUACAGUACAAUAUACCUCACCCCCAUUCCAUGAAUUAAACUUUGACUAACCUGCACCAUCACCCACUGUCACAGGGCACCAUCACCCCAAGGUGGAUCAAUUUACUUUAUCCCUAUGCUCAAUUUACUCUGGGAUAAGUUGUGCAAAGAGACCUAUUUUUUUUGACAAACUAUGUUUUUAAAACUGUUAUGUUUACAUGAAUUGAUUAUUUCCAGGGAUACACAACAUCCUGAAAUAUAUGUAGAUAUCUUUGUUAGAAAGAAUACUAUAUUGUUGUAGUGAGGCUGAAUGUAAAAAAAUGGCUCAACAUACCCCACUCUCCCCUGUGAGAAUGACAAUGUGACCAAAAUCUGUAAUGGAAUCAAUGUAUGUUUGUUUCUUAAUAUGUAAGGGGGCAUAAGAGGAAAAAUGGUUUGUGAGUUGUGUGAUUACAAAACAAUUCAGUUUAAUGCACCUGAUCUUUCUUCAUAAUAAUUCACCUGUCUGACACUUGUGCCCGUUAUAAACUUGGCAUUUUGCCAUCAUCUCAGCCAAUAUUGAAUGAAGGGUAUACUAAAAUGAGCGAUAGACAUGAGAUUAUUUUAAGUGAACAUGUGGAUUUUAAAAGAAGACUUGUCAGUCAACAACACAUACAUUUAACAUAUUUAAAGGCUAUAUCAUGAAGCUAUAUAUGUGGCAAUGUUUCAUAUAAAAACAACCUUGACAAAGACGUAGGCUUACGUGUUCUUGCAGUUCUGAGUGUGAUAGUCUUGCAUUUAUUACAGUUCUCAUUUUGGUUUUGCUUUUCUCCUGCAUGUGUAUUGAACAUACAAUUGACAAAGCAUUGGCUCUCUAAUGUAGUGUUGUGUUAUUUAAUUUAUUCCAGUAUCAUUCUUUAAACAUGUGCUACUUUUAUUUGUUUCUAUGUUGUUUUUAGGUAGUUUUAUUUUUCUCAAACUACCAUGACGUACUUGUAUCCGUAAUAUAACCCAGAAAUCUGUAGAAGGGUAGGAGAUUCUCAUGAGGGAAUGGGAACAUAGAUUUCUCAUAAAAUUCUGACUCCGAUGAUGUCCUCAUACGUCAAGCAUUUAAAUGUUGAAUAAGGGAUUUAAAGUGGUAACUUUGUUCUCAUUCUUUUUUUCCAGUAUUAAUGACAUGUUUGUCAUUCCCCUUGGUGAAAAGCCACAGUAAAAAAGUAAUUUGUUAGUUACUGUCAAACCAUCUAAUGCUUAUUCUACUACAAUUAAAAUAUUUGUCUUAUGUGCAAAUAGCCAUCCUGUAUCAUAACUGUGUUGUUCUGUAACAAAAAAUAAUUGAAUUAAAAUGACAUGUAAACACGU